AUUUUUCCUGCAUCGGAAGGCUAUGGAUGCGGGCGGAAUGAAGGAGAGCUUGCAUUUGAAAGAUGCCAUUGCGCCUUUGGAUGGCCGACUGGAAGAAGGCAGGAAGAAAAAUACAGGUGGCACUGUGGUUUGCUUAUGGGACAUGUGCGCGUCACUUUCUGUUUCAGGAGACGACGUUCCCACUGGUCCUUUACGACCAAAGCGUGAACGACCAAAGGAGCUUCAGUUUGAUUUCGGAGAAACACUUGCCGGCUUGAGGUAAAU